CACAACCGCUUCCUUCCAGCAGCUUCACUUCUCUUUUCCACUUUUUGCCUCUAUCCUUACCGACAUUUCACUUUCAAGGUUUUUCCCUGCUCUUACCAAAGCACCUUGUUUUCAGAGGCGACACCAUUGUAAAGGCGACGCCCCUCCUGCUUAUUAUACAAUCCCCCCUCCUUGACAUACAAUUAGCCGGAUUUGCUCUUGUUUCUACUUGCUCCAAGUUCUGAUCCGCACCCAUUAACUCACCUGCCGACCCAAGCUGCAUCUGAGAUACACAGCCAAACACAGACAUAUGGACGCUCACCAGUCGCAGACAAUGUUCCAAGGGCCAGUAAUGAGCGACCCAGACACGACAGCAAUACAGCAAACGCCAUCCAGCGAUAUUGACGCGCUGAGCAACUUUUUAUCGUCGACCACCGGCGCCGACCCGGCAGUGCAGGCGAUGAUCGAUGUCAACGUCAACGGGCAGACCAUGGCAGCUUUCCUCGCAUCCUCUGCGGCAGGCUACCCGGUGGAGGCACAGGUACCAUUGGAAAUCGCGUCGAUCGGUGUAACACCCUCGCAGUCGCUGCAGCCUCCGCAAUUUGGCGACCUGCCGCCAAGCGACGCCGCACUGGCAGCAGCUGCUGCCGCCGGCCUCUCAGCAACACACGCUGCCAGCGGCAUGGCCACAACGCCGCUGCUGUCGCCGAUUGUCAGCAUGCAGGGCCACAGCCCGCUGCUCAACACCACCACCGACAUCGGCUCGCCCAUGAGCCACUCGUUCUCCGGCUUCAACACAUCAUCGUUGAACACCAUGUUCACGGCGCCGCAGCCCAGCUCGUACAGCUCCAGCAGCUUCGGCCUGAACCCCCCAGCCACGUCCAGCGGCAACUUCCUGCUGCCGCCUGGCGCGCGCGACAUGAUGAACCCGCAGUCGUCCGCGGGCCUACUUGGCAAGCGCACGUGCGAGGAAGCCGGGCUGCCGUCGUUCCCGGUCGGUGUGCCACUCAGCAAGCGCGUCAGCAUGCCGAUCUCGUAUGGCCAGACCUCCCUACAUGACGGAGACACUAGCCCCAUGCCGAUUCCGUCCAGCAUCGGCAUCCAGCGUAUCGCCUCAUACCACCCAGGUACCUUGUCGCAGGUACCACGCCCCGGUGCCUUCCAGCCCAUGGCAAACGCCCACACUCCGAGCGCCAAAAUCCCAAUUAGCCGCCUAAAAUCCACUCCCACCUCUACGUCGCUGCCCGUCCAGUCCACGCUCCCUGACGGCUCUGUGCCCACCCACCACCAGCGCAAGGUAGCCCACAAUGCAAUCGAGCGCCGGUAUCGUAACAACAUCAACGACCGGAUUCGCGACCUGCGCAACUCGGUGCCUGCACUGCAGCACAUCCGGCCCAAGAAGAAGGCUGGUGCACACGACGACGACAACUCUGAUGAUGAGGAUGACACACAUAUCGAUGGCGUUGAAGCCGCGACCAAGCUCAACAAGGCCACCAUCCUCGGCAAGGCUACAGAGUACAUCUACUACCUUCGCCGCAACAACGACCAGCUCAAGCGCGAAGCCAUGUACAUGCAGGAGAUCAUCCGCUCGCUGCCCAACGGUGAGAAUAUUCUUAUAGGGCUGCAGCAGAAGGCAAAGGCCGAAUCGGCUGUUGCCUCGGCUCACCUGCAUGUACCAGAGAAGGCCACCGCUAUCGUUGACCGGAGUGCAUCGACAAGGAGUUCGGAGUGAAUGUACUAUGUUUAUACCUGCUUGUCUUUCUCUCGUUCGCUCGUUCGCUCGCUCGCUCACUCUUGCUGCACGGUAUUCUCCUUCGUCGGCGCCUUAUUUAUUUGCUUCUAGCCCUCGUACACACCCCCUCUUCGAGAUCGAGUUAUAUUAUUG